ACGAAAGCGCUGAAACGUGCUCAAACGUGCUAAAAGGCUAAAACGUGAGGUGAGCGUCGUUCUUGGCAUUGUUUUGUUAUAAAUAGUUGUCAUGGUAACAUCAAAUAUCUUAAUCUUUACAGUGUAUUUUCGAACAUAUAAAGUAGAAGUAACUUAAAAAUUGAGUUAUGAUUAUUGCAAGUCUUUUCUAUAAAUAGUGAAUAAAUAAAUUUACGCAUAUUUAAAAGUAACCGAAAGUAUUAUAUAAAGUAAAAAAUGUUACCGAACUUCGAUGAUGAAGAUGAUCCUGGAGAGCCGAAAAUUGCAGGAACAUAUCGGGUUGAGCAGCCAAUAAAUAAUUUUAAACUAAGAAUUAAAAUAUCUCAGCAAAAGUCACCAAUUUACGAUCUUUUUGAUGACCCUCGUGAAACUCUAGACGCAAAUUUUCUAGAAGAAGAAGAAUACACAUUCUCAUGGCAAGAGAAAGUUUUUAGUCCUUUUGAAGUUAAAUAUUUUAGUGAGGAGAAAAAUUGUAUUACCGAUAUUCAAAAAGAUUACCAUAAAAAAAUUGCUGAUGAUGAUAUUGAAGGUUCACGAUUGUAUACAAAAAUUAAUGAAGAUUCCUUCUAUCCGGAUAAUUCAUUAUUUACAAGACCAUUCACUUCUCCCUUGGCCCUUAAAAAUGAACGUGCCAUGCCUUGUCUAAGGAAUCGUAAACCAUUCAGCCAAAGGUAUAACAAAAAAGUUAUUGACGAAAAGCCGGACGACGAUAGACUGUGUGCUAAUCAUUACUUUUACGAGGAACGUGAAGUUAUGUACAUUUUGGCCGAUGUCAGUCCAAAGAAUGAGGAACCAAGUAAUUCGAAAGAUUCUGAAAAUUUACUCUGUACAGUGACUUAUGACAAGGCACAUAAACUUUUAACGGUUGAUCCUGAUUUUUCAAAUGAAGGAUACUACAGAAUUUUCGGUACCGGAAUGGGUUACGAUUAUUGGAUUUCACACGAGUCAUGCACCCCAACCGAAGAUGAUGAGGAAAAUAUUAUAAAAACACUAAAACAGGAAUUUCAGAAAGUACAAAAUUUUAAAGAAUUCAAAAUAAGUCCAAAACUUGAGCUGGUGCCUUUAUAUACUUUCCGGAUUAUUCUAAAUCUAGAGAUAUUAUCGGCACACGAUUUCUCCUACGAUUCACUUUUCAUAACGUACUUUUUACACCUUCCGAAAAAUUGGAGUACACCACGUCAAGAAUCUCUGGCUGGCCGAACUCAAAGAUGUCGAAUGAAGAAAAAAACCGCAAACUUUAGUUAUAUUAUUGAAAAUUGUUUGGAUUUGGAUCUAAAGAGUCUUAAGAAGAAAAACGGAGCACUCUCAUGGCCGUAUUUAUUAUUUACCGUUGCAUCAUUAGACAAUUGGGAAAGAUGGCGAAUAGAGGGUUAUGGUUCUUCAAGUCUUCCUCUAACAUCAGGUUGUCAUAAUUUAAAAAUUCACACAUGGCGACAGUCUGGUGGUUUCAUUGAUUCUCUCCGUUGGUUCUUCACUGGUGGAAUUAAUGAAUCGGAAAACAAUUUCAACAUUCCCGACAUCAAUGAAGAAAGAAAAAUUAAUCGAAGAGAGGAAAAGAUUAUUCCCAGCGGGUAUAUUAAAAUAAGGGCCAAUAUUGUUCAUCAAUCGCAAAUAUUUACUAAAGAAGGAAACUUGGGGAAAAAUGUUUUUGAUAAAUUAAAUUCUAAUAAUCUUAUGAUUAAUGUCGAAGAUGUUUUAGUUCAAUUUCAAAUAGCUAGAGAACGUAUGAUACGAGCGAAAAAUUUCUCGUGACACGCAUCAUAAUUAGAAUUUUAUUAUUAAAAAUAUGAUUAAUAUUAUUAUCAUAAAAUAAGCAUUUUUCCCUUAAAGUUUUAAAUAAAAAAAAAGUGGAUUCGCUUUAUAAGACGUAACAAAUCUCAAUUUUUGGUAGUAAUUUAAUAAAAAACAAUAUUACAUUUUGUUUUAUAAUUACAUACUCAUUUAUUUUUAAUUUGUUUUUAGUAGUUUUUUAAGUUUAAAGAAAUUUAAAAUUAUUUGG